AUGUUCAAAGACCGCAGUUCACUGCCUGGGCAUUUCUUUGGAUAUCCAAACAGCGAUCCCAGAGAUGACGAGACGUCUGUGAAUACCCCGUUGACGUUCUGGAGGGACAUGGCUCCGUACACCAAUGAUAUCACCUUCCAGUGUGUCAAUAACGUAAGCAUCUUCUCCGGCCAACGAUACCUCUGGAUCGACUCCCUCUGCAUCAUCCAAGACUCUGAGCAAGACUGGGCUCGCGAAGCCAGCUUAAUGGCCAAAGUGUACUCCCACGCUUAUUGCACGCUAGAUGCCCUCAGCUCCAAAGAUAGCAGCGAGGGUUUACAACAAUUCGAUAUCCAACACGAAGAUCACUCGUUCGUCGACAUUGCUGCAACCACUACAAACGGUGACUGUGAUGCCAAUAGCACUUCAUCCCAAUCCUAUCACCGCAUUUUCUCGGGCAAACUAUACAGAUGGAUCGAAGCGUACAACGGAAGCGUCCCCCAAGGCGUUAACGACACCAGCCCCCUUCGCUUUCGCGCUUGGGCACUCCAGGAACGAAAGUUAUCGCGAAGGGUAAUCCACUUUAGUAAAUCGGGAUUGCUGUGGGAGUGUGGCGAGCUCAAGGGGACAGCUCAGCUGCCGUGGGAGGAGAUAGAAUUUCGACCACCGUCUCCGAUGAUUACGGACACCGGCAGAUUUGACGAGUGGGCGCAAUUACAAGAUGACCCCCAAACCAGAGACCUAGCAGCUGCCUCUCUUGAGGAGUAUAGGCUUGAAGGGCGGUGGUGGAGCCUGGUGAACGAUUAUGGCCUCCGGCUCUUAACACAGGAAAUGGACAGGCUAAUUGCCUUCUCAGGAGUGGCCCAGGCUUACAAAGAGGAGUAUCUUCCUAGCGGAAAAUACGCCGCUGGGCUGUGGAGGAGAUGCGUGUGGAACCCAAGUACGAGGAUGUCUAUGGGGCGCUUAGUGGCGCGCUUUUGGUCCUGA